AGGAGGAGGCGGCAGGGGGGGAUCGGCUCAGUGAAUGAAUGGGCGGCAGCGGCGGCGGCUCCUCUCCUCAAUGGCUGCUGGGCUGAUACGCGCCAGCCCCGCAGCCGGUGCCUCCCUCGCCCUCCCGUAUUUUGUCUCAGGCUCGCCUCGCUCGGGGCUCCCCAGACAUGUUCAACCAGCAGCAGUUCCAGCAGCAGCUGCUGCAGCUCCAGCACCUCCUCCAGCAGCAGCAGCAGCAGCACCAUCACCACCCUCCGGCGCAGCAGGGAGGCCGGGGUUUGCCGCCGCCGCAGCAGCAACAGAUGCUGAGCUUACGGGCAACAAAUCAGCCAUCGCUGCUCAGUGCCAAUCCUAUGCUUCAGCGGGCCUUACUCAUGCAGCAGAUGCAAGGAAACCUGCGUGGAUUUAACAUGACAGCGCCAGCACUGCAGCAGUUCUUCCCUCAGGCUACAAGACAUUCCCUCCUGGGACCGCCACCUGUUGGGGUCUCCUUAAAGCCGACUCGGCUGGGCUUCCCCAGCCUCCCAUUCCAGCGGCAGAACCGGACCUUCCGCAAGGACUUCCAGAGGGUUCCUGACAGGAAGCGGGAACUGGAUCCUGGUUCUUCAUCUCAGACUCAAGGUGAUGACAAAAUGGAAAUUGCAGAGGGAAUGCAAGCAGGGUCAGAGCAGAACAAUUCCUCACCAUCCACAGAGCCAAGAACUCCAGCAGAGUCUGUGUUGAACACUGAGCCUGCAGCAAAAAGACUGAAGAGUGGGACUGGCGAGUCUGCGUUAGAGGAUGCCACAGACAGCAAGAAAGCAGGAGUCUCAUGCACCCAUGUCCAAGCUGAUGGUACAGACAAUGCAAAGGAGUACCCAGCUGAAGAUCUCUCCAGAGAGAGGAAAUUCUCAGAGGAACCGAAGGCUCCUGAGGUGUUGAGCUCUGGAGGUUCACUGAAAGUGACUAUUCAGCAGAGCAGUGAGAGCAGAGCUAUCAGUACCACAGCUCUGAAACCAGGGCACUGGGCCUGCGACGUGGGCACAGCUGACCCCAACCCGGAAUCCGUCCUUAAAUUCUACUGCUACAUCUGCAAGACCAAUUGCUGCAGUCAGCAGAAUUUCCAAUCCCACAUGGCUGGAAUUCAGCACCAGCAGCGACUUGGGGAGAUUCAACACAUGAGCAAUGUUUGUUUUGUUUCACUACUGCCCAUGGUGAAACAACAGAAGGUGCUAGCAGGAAAAGAUGGAGAGACCCAGCAGCGGUGGUGUAACACCUGCCAGGUGCAUUUCACAGGGGACCUCAUCAAACAUCGCAGGACCCAGGAACACAAGCUGGCCAAACGCUCGCUUCGUCCUUUCUGCACCGUCUGCAGCCGCCACUUCAAGACCCCCCGCAAGUUUGUGGAGCAUAUGAAGUCCCCUGAGCACAAACAGAAAGCCAAAGAGGUUAGGCUAGGAGAGAAGGAACUGGGGAGCCCAGAAGAUUCAGAGGAGUUGAUCACUGUGGAUGCUGUUGGCUGUUUUGAAGAUGAUGAUGAGGAAGAGGAGGAGGAGGAAGGAGGAGCUGGUGAGGAGGAAGACCAUGAUGUAGUGCUGAUGGAGAAUGAGGAUUCUGCUGCCAAACAGACUGGGCUGAAGGAAGUGUCUUUGGAGGAUUACGAAGGAAGUGAGAAGUAUUGUCCAGACACAGCCUAUGGCCUGGAUUUUCUGGUCCCCGUCGCAGGUUACCUCUGCAGGCUGUGUCACAAAUUCUACCAUAGCGACUCCGCUGCCCGGCUCGCACACUGCAAGUCCCUGAUGCAUUUUGAGAACUUUCAGAGAUACAAGGCAGCAAGGCAUCGUGCCACAACUGCCUACCCCGAGGCUCCUUUGCAUUCCCAGGGCUCCAGCUCCCAAUUGCUGGAUGAUCCAAAACAGCCUCUUGCUACAACAGCACAUACCAGCAAGAAGAUGAAUGAUGAUCAUGGGAUAGAUAAGGAGGGCACAGAGCUGUCAGCCCUGCAAGAACAAACUUCAAGGUCUCUGGAGGGUAAGGGUGAGCUGGCCACCUCUAGGCCAGAGGGCAAGAGCCUGGCCAGUGUGACUGAUGAUGUGUGUGGUAUCAUGGUUAUAGAAGAAGAAAGUCUACAGGACAAGUCCACUGCCACUAGUGCCGACUGCCUGUUCUCUGGGGAGAGCCACACCGUAGGGGAGCCCCUGGGACGUGAGGAAGAAGCCAACACAGCCAGGCAGAGGGCAGGCACAGACGACCACCAGGAUCCAGGGAGUGGAGGAGGCUUAGGACAGAAGGAGGCAGCAGAUGCAGGCCAGGAGGCAGCAGCAGAGCCUUCCUCCCUCGCCAAAGGUGAGACAGGCGGUCUCACCUCUGCUGGGUGCAGACGCUCUUCCAGGCGCAAACCCAGAUAGAGUGGCCUUAAAGGAGAGCCCUUUACAAGGUGAUAUUUGCUGGAAAUGUUUAUUUUCUGAGUCUUUUAAUAGAGCAAAACCUUCAACUUUACUGCUGUUUUUAUUUUAAGAAUAAAUAAGCCUGGCUUUAGCGUGUCUAAUACAGGAUAGUGUUGCUUAUUACUUGUACAGCUGGGAUACAGCAGUUAUGUGGAAAGACUGAGGCUUGGAUUGUUGAACCUGAAAGAAGAUGGUAAUGGGAUUUCCAUAGGGGACAAACGUCACAGAGUGAUGGAUGCAGAUUUAAGAAUUCUUUGUAGUUCCUCUCGUUUCCUUUCCAGAGAAAAUGUUUAUCUCUUGAGAGACUCUGCUGAAUUCUGCUUCUCAGAACACUUUCCUUUCUAAGAUAAACACUGUUGGACAAGCAGUCUUGGACAAGUCCUAAGCUAGGCAAAAACAUGCACCUUGGUCCUUUGUUAAUACCACAAGGCUUAAUCCAAUCUGUUCUCAUAGUGGAGACUCUCAGGAACAAAGUUUGUUUCAAACUGAUUUUAAUAAAACAGAUUUCUUUUAAAUAA